UUGCUUCGAGAUGGCAGGGGUGGAAGAAACCCUGAAACGACUGCAGAGCCAGAAGGGUGUGCAGGGGAUCAUCGUGGUGACCACGGAAGGCAUUCCCUUCAAAAGCACCAUGGACAACCCCAGCACCCCACAGUACGCCAACCUCAUGCACACCUUCAUCUUGAAGGCAAGGAGCACUGUGCGAGAAAUCGACCCCCAGAAUGACCUCACCUUCCUGCGAAUUCGUUCCAAGAAAAAUGAAAUUAUGUUUGCACCAGAUAAAGACUAUUUCCUGGUUGUGGUUCAGAAUUGA